AUGUCUCAAUACAACCUUGGAGGUGUUUCGUUCCCCGGAGGACACACAAUGAGUGAGCCUGCUGACCCCUGGAGGAGUCAGGCCACUUCCACAUCAUCGGAAGCAGGACCAGCUGCCCCUGCUGAAGAACCACACAACAGCAGCACACCCAAGGCGUCGGAAGUAGUCAGAAACCCGUCGCCCACUACCCUGCCAGCAUUUUCCACACCUCAGACUUGGGAAUGGCAGGGAGUCCCUUAUGCAACCAUUGAGAAAGCUGCCAAUGCCGCUGCACCCAACACCAUCCCAAACGACGUUAAGGAAUGGGUAAUGAAUGUGGUACAGUCAUUCGUCAUGAGAGACUUAGAAAUACGAGAACAGUUAAAAACUGCAAGAGCCCAAAUCAGCACCCUCUCCACCGACAACGAACGGCUCAUCAAGUCAAAUAAUAGUCUGACAGCCGAAGCCCAAGCAAUCCGCAAGGACUUCGAAGAUUACAAGGAUGAAGUAAAGGGUCAGAUGGACGCCCUUUACGGCAACAUGGUCACCCUGAAGGAGGCCCAGGAAAAGACCACCACCUACAUCGUUGGCUUAGAGUCUCGACUCAAUAAUGCCAUUAUCAAUGCGCCCCCCACAGGUAUCCAACCACCGGCCGGCCAAUCUAGUCAGUCGCCCCACCAAAUCAAGCUCCCCGACCCUCCCAAGUAUUCAGGAAGAAAGUCGUCAGAAAACUUUGAAACGUGGUUCACGAACCUACUCAUCUGGCUCGACUACAACCAUUUCACUGAUGACAAGGACAAAAUACGGCAAGCCAAUGCGCAUCUGGAAGGCGGAGCUGCUCUAUACAUGAAAGAGUAUGCAAUCAAGCUCGCCUCCGGACAAGACGUUGGUACAUGGGCAGAAUACACUAGGAAACUAGAAAUGGCAUACAAGACGCUUGACCCCAAGCGCACGGCACAAUCUUUGCUAGAUGCACAUUGCGCAAUCCACCACAAGACAAUGAUUGCCUUCGCGGAGAAUUUCAGGGCAUACGCCCCCGAAUCAGGAUACUCCAACGAAGAUUUAAUCGUCAAGAUCAGGAAACAACGGUCAAGCCACAUUCAGACGGUCAUGUCGGUAACAGAGACUUUAGAUCCCUCCAAGAUCCCAACCACUUGGAUGGACUACCUGGAAUUCUGCCUAGAAAUUGAAAUCAAACAUCUCCAGCAGAUGUCGGGCAACAAGUCUACCGUACAAACCACUGGAACCAAGGCGACUGCCCCUAAAGACCCUAACGCGAUGGACACUAGCACACGAAUCGCCCACGAACUUUCCCCGGAACAAGAUAGGUGGCUGGCAAACAAGCUAUGCUUGUUUUGUGGAAAGCAUGCCUAUGAACGAGGAAAAAGGUGCCCCUCCCCCAAGCCAGAGUAUAAGGGAAAGAAGUUUCAAACCCGAUCUACCCCACGGCAGGACAAGGGAAAGGGCAAGGCAACUAAGGUGCGACAGGUGGGAGAAGAAAGUAGCGAGGAUUCAUCAGCUCAAAUUGCGGCACUGGAACAAGCAAUUGCUGCACUUCGCGGGAUGAGCACAACGUCAACUACACCACCGUCCAGCAAGGGCAAAAGCAAGGUGAAUAGCGCAGGCACAGCAUCAAUGGCAUCGGCAUCUACGGUCAAGGACACCAAUGCGAGAAUCGUCGAGAUAAACGAAUUCUCAGAGGAUUUUCAUUACGAAGUGUAG